AUGACUACAAACAAAGACGAAAAGCCCAUCAUCGAUUCUGAUGGUAACGCCAGACAUCGAUCAGCAAGUGAAGAGAGAAGAUCUCUACCACCUUUUUAUAGCAGUCCAAACACCAAUACACUUUCGAUUGACGUAGAAUUGUCAAGAAAGAGAAAAGAAAGGGAUGGUGAUGAGUUGUUAUCACCCGGUACACCCAACUCGACAUCUUCGUUCCUGAUGACUCCUCAGUUCAAUCCUGCUGAAUCCUCUCCAAAUCAUAAAAGACGAUUAUCCAUCAUUGAACAUCUAGCGUUGAGAGAGGAAGAUAAAUCGUUUAAUGGACCAGGUAGAUUAGUCUCUAUAAAAGGUGAAGAACCUUUCCCAUGGUACAAGAGCUCCUACGAUCUCCCUCAUUUUCAACAAGACCCUAUCACUGUCUUCCCAGUUCAAUACCAGAUCUACCAACAGCCUAACCAGAAUCAGAAUACCAACGGUUCAGCUCAACCACAAGGCACCGACAACACUACAGGUGGACAACAAAACAAUAAUAACAAUAGUGUUCCGUUGGAUCCUACUUUAUCAUCCAUCCGAUCUAGUGUAGCUCCCAAUUCGAACGGACAACAAACACAGAACCUGAUUGAUCCUUCCCUCAGCGCUGCGCCCGAACUUCGUUUCCCCGAUGCCGAGACACUAGCUUCAGCUACAGCUUCGCCAUCGAAAGAUAUACCUGGGGAAGCCAACACCCAAGCUGCCCUAGCUGCAGUCAACACCCCUACCCUCACUGCUGAAGAUGCAGCUGCACUCUUAUCUGUACCUCAAGCGACCGAUGCUCAGGGUGAUGGCGCAGGAUCGAAGAAGGAACAGCCAUUCUCGCGAUCACCCGAAUUGAGGGUCAGCCACAAGUUGGCGGAAAGGAAGAGAAGGAAAGAGAUGAAAGAGUUGUUCGACGAGCUGAGGGAUGAGUUGCCAAGUGAUCGAGGGAUGAAAGCUUCCAAAUGGGAAAUACUGAGUAAAGCUAUCGACCAUAUUCGACAAUUGAAAUCGGGCCAAGAACAGAUGGUCCGAGAGAUCGACCAUCUAAGAAGAGAAGUGGAUAUUGCUAGAGGAGGCACGGGAGCCUACACUCACUCGUACCCUACUUACAACUUGGCUGGUACAUAUCCACCAACUCAGAAUAACUUUACGAGUGCCGCGACUACACCUGUUACUGCCAAUGCAGGUAAUGGUCAAGCUCAACAACCUCAGCAGCAGCAACAACCGCAACAACAAAAUCAGCAGCCUCAGCAACAACAAGUUCAACAAACAACCGCGCAACAACCUGAUCAGUUGAAUCAGAUAAAGGCUGAUGUGCCUCAAGCUGCUAGUCAAUAA